CUUACCACCACCACGAUUAAUUCAUAGCCAUGUCCGAUACAACACCACACGGGCCUGACUGGGAUCUGCUGUCUUCCUAUGCCGGAUUGCUCACUCUGGCAGUGGGCUGCAUAUACUCGGGCGCUUAUGGCGCCUUACCAAGUCCCAAACGGCCCAAGGGUGAGAAACCCACUGCGGGGAAAGAAGACGACGACGAAGACGAAGAGGCGGACGUCAUGGAGCGCAUGUCGAGCGAAGACGCCUACAUGUUCCCCAUCAUUGGCUCCGCGGUCCUCUUCGGUCUAUACCUGGUUGUGAAGUUCCUGGGGACGGAAUGGAUAAACCUGCUUCUUGGGUGGUACUUCUCGCUCGCGGGCGUGGGCGCCGUGUGGAAGACGUUGACAUCACUCGUGCGCACCGUCGUGGGUGAGCAGGCGUGGAAGGCGUUCGACCGAUUCGAGCUCACUCAGAGGAGCAAGGGCCGCUCAGAAGUCCUGCUCUCAUGGCGCACACCCUCGGUCGUGCUACUGCCGUUUGCGGUUCUGCCUUCGAUAGUAUAUCGGGUCGCGCAGAACCAGGGCGUACUCACGCUCAUGGCAAACACGCUCGCCAUCGCGUUCUGCUUCUCGUCGCUCGCGUUCCUCAAACUCGAUUCAUUCAAGACGGGUAGCAUCCUCCUCAGCGGCCUAUUCGUGUACGAUAUUUGGUGGGUCUUCGGGACCGAGGUGAUGGUCAAGGUCGCGACGUCGCUCGAUGUCCCCAUCAGACUCCUUUGGCCAAAGUCGCUCGCGUUCUCGACGGCGCGAGGCUUCACGAUGCUUGGGCUCGGUGACGUGGUGAUCCCGGGCGUCUUCGUCGCCCUCGCGCUGCGCUACGACUUCCUUAAGGCAGGGCGCCCGCGGGGGCCAUAUGCGAAGCCGUAUUUCACGGCCGCGCUAGCCGCAUAUGUCCUCGGGCUUGCGACCACGAUGACGGUCAUGCAUACGUUCAAGGCCGCCCAGCCCGCGCUGCUCUACCUCAGCCCGGCAUGUGUUCUCUCGUUCGUCUUCACAGGGCUCGCAAGGGGAGAGUUGAAGGAGGCGUGGGCGUGGAGCGACGAGCCGGAGGAGGGUGGCCGCGAUGAUCAGAGGAAGAAGGAAUGAGGGUGCGGGGUGCUAGAGCGGCGGGCGCCGCUGUUGCGCUCGACGCCCAAUGCGCUCAUGGUGCGCAGGGAGGGACAUCCGGUAGGGGCGGAUACUAUACCCAUCGUCGUCAUGUGCUGAGCUUCCGCUGGCAGGGCUGCGGAUAGUCGUCAUGUACCUCUGGCAGUUCGUUCACACAGACUGGAUGCGACAGACCGGUUGGGGAGUCAGAAAAUGCCUCUAGUACCCUCAAUCUCUAUAAUGGGUGCUGCAUUGUUCGUCGGGCGGUACCGACAGCGGCAAGCAACGCGCCUUUCGUGGUACCUUUCUCAAGGGCAGGACCGAUAAUCGAUCAGGGAUCCGUGGCAGCGAAGCAAGGAAAAGCCAUAGCCGAGACACAUGGACUCCGAGAGGGGAAAACAGGUAUGGGCUUUC